UCGUUGUUUACACAUCGUACCGGCACCACGUCCGUCUUGCAACACCUGUACGAAUUCCCGCUCAGUACAUCGUCAGUGGUCGAUGAGCGCGCAGCUGGUCCGACCCGUGGUGCGCCGGAAAACUAUGUGAAUUCAACAACAGCGGAACGCGGCGGAAAGUCUCGAUUUCGAAAAAUCAGUGAAAAUGAGUGAGUACCGAUGACGAAGAACGACAUCAUCCACUCCGGGACACCAUGUUCACGUGGAUGUCAUUUAUGUUGUCCGUGGUCUCAAUACCGGCGUUUUGCUUCUGUUACCUAACUACCUCGAUCGGCAGAUUCGUAUUGUUACGAAUACUCAAAUCGAAGUUUCCAGAAUUGGAAUUCAUAAAAUCGGUUUCUAUUCGAUCAGCAAUGGAUACGCCUAGUAAUACAGGAUACAUUGUGGUAUUGCUUAAAGUCAAUGGAGAUUUUAAUGUUGAUUUAAUGAGACACACGAUUCAGACAGAUAUAGUGGAUAAAUAUGAUCGGACAAGCGGCCGUUUGUGUUUUCCGCAUCUCCGCUGUUGUUUAACGAAAAAAUGGAUGCGAUACGCUUGGACCAAGCCCUCCAAGAAUUUCUCCAUUGACAACCACGUGAUAGAAUUGGUAGGAAAAAAUACGGUCACCGAAGACGAUAUUAUGCAACGCGUCAACGAAGUGAUCACGGAAGGGAUACCGGCCGAGCUGCCGCAGUGGCAGAUCACGGUGAUCCCGGUCGACGAGGGCGACACGUUCUACAUGUUGGUCCGCAUACAUCAUCUGUACGCGUCCGAGGACGGCAUAGGGCUCAGCGAGCUGCUGCUGCUUAAGCCGGACGACCUCAACUGGAAACAACCUGGUGGCGGCGGUGGUGGCGGCGGCGGCGGCGGCGGCGGCGAGCCGUUGGCGUCGUCGCAGCACGCGGAAGCGGACAGCAUCCAGAACAUCCUGUCCACGGUGUACCAGGCGCCGACCGCGUUGCCCCGGCUCGGCGAGCACGUAUCCGAGGUGUGCACGAACACGUGGAACGAGCUGGUGUCCACGUACGACCCGCUGGAGAACACGAAGGUGUUCAAGCGCCGGCCGAACGUGUUCAUAUUCGCCACCAUGGUGGUGAUCGUGACCGCGUCCGCGGCCCGCGACAAGACCAGCCGGCGGAGCUUCGCGCACAAGUUCCACCGCGAGCUGAUACGCCGCGACAUCCACUUCCGGUACCUGUGCCAGAGCGUGGUGCAAACGUUCCACCCGGCCGUGUGGGCGUCGCUCGCGUGGUGGCUGCUGGUCAAGUGCAUACUCCGGUGGCCCAUCACCGUGCUGCUGGUGGCCAAGAACACGUCCACGCAUGUGUACUGGGCGUCCGUGUUGCUGUUCUCCGUGUCCGAGCUGCUGUACCUGGCCCGGCUCGUUUACCGCGCGCCCAGCACCGUCAUCCGCGAGCUGGUGCUGCCGCUGUUCAGCCAAGCGGCCACCGGCCCGCGGAAACCGGCCGACGGCGGCCGCAAGACCGUGUGCUGGUCGCGGCCCAUCGACCAGGACCUGGUGCACUCCAUACACGAUAACACGGGCGCGGCCACGUGCGAGAUCCAGCUGUCCAUGCUGGCCGCUGUGCUGCAGGAAUACUUCGCCGAGGCCGGCGUCGUGUUGCCCGCCAACAACAACGUGAUGACCACCACGCGGUUCGUGUCCAAGACCAACCUGUUCCAGCUCAACAACCGGCACGUGGUCACCAACGGGUUGCUGGCGCUGCCGCUGCCCAUGAACACCGGCCGCAACCCCAUAUACAGCCUGCACAAGAUGCAGGAGUGCCUACAGGAGGCCAUCGGUAACCAGACCGCGCUCUACAUCGCUUCCAUGUGGCAGAUCGACCACAGCCUGGCCACGUCGUUCCUGCCGUCGCCGGUGGUUAGCUAUGGACUUUAUCACCUCACCAAGAAGUAUCCGCUGUCCGUCACUUAUAUCGAGGAGAACAAGUUGAACCGCAAGAGACGUCGGCUGCUCUGGGGCCAGGAAGUCGAUGCCAUCAUGUACUGGAGAACACCGCAGUCCAAUGUCUGUAUGUCACUAUCGAUAAUCAACUAUGGUGGACAUUUAAGGCUGGCAGUGAUGGCAGAUACAAAAAUGACCCCUUCGUGUACCAAGAUCGUGUCAAUGUACGAAAAUAAUAUACCUGAGUUCAUUGCAGCCGCUGAAAGUUAUGCAAAAAUUGUUAACACUUUAGAUUAGUCCUAAGUAUUUUUUUUUCUUAUUUUUUAUGUUUGUAUUUAUUAGUUUUGUUAAAACGAUGAAAAUAAUAUUUUUUAUUG